AUCAAAAAUGGCGGCGUCCAUAGCUGAAACAUGUUUUGUUUCAUGUUGUGCGAAUCGUACUCCUAAUGUGCUUUCCUGGGGAAGAGGAGGAAUUGUUGCCUUCGGAACAUGCAAUUCUGUCGCUCUGUAUCAUCCAAAGAGGAGAACUAUCUUUGCUACUCUGAAUGGACACACAGGCAGAGUAAACGCUGUUAAGUGGGUGCUCAGGAAUGACUGUGGUGCAGAAACAGAAUUGGUAUCAGGAGGGUCUGAUAAUCAAGUCCUUGUGUGGGAAGUCCAGGAUGGUAAGUUCACCAAGUCUGGACAGUGUGAGGGCCACACUCGGGCUGUCUGUGCAGUGGAUGCAAUUUACUUGGAUGUGGACUCCCGCCAGUUGCUCAUUGCCUCUGCUGCCUCUGACUCGACUGUUAAAAUCUGGAUGAAGCAGGACUCAAAGACACAGUGCCUCCAGACACUCCCUUUUGGAAAUGGGUUCAUGAUGGAUCUUUCACUUGCAUUACUGCCAGGAACUAGAGUUCCCAUUCUGGCAUGCGGUGGGGAUGACUGCCGAAUCCAUUUAUUUACGCGACAGGAAGAGCAGUUUGAAAAGGCCCUUUCACUGCUUGGGCAUGAAGACUGGAUCCGAGGAGUGGCGUGGGCAGUCAGGGAUGGGGAAGUUUUAUUAGCAAGCUGUGCACAAGACUGUCUGAUAAGAAUGUGGAAAGUGCUUGCAAAGUCAGACAUCGGUGAAGAUCUAGAUGAAGAGACCAUCAAAAUGAAAGAGUUCGUCUUUUCAGUGAAAUUGAAGGAUUCUUCCUUAUCCUUUGCUGUUACCCUUGAGACAGUUCUGGCCGGCCAUGAAAACUGGGUGUAUGGGGUGUGUUGGCAGCCUUCUUUCCUUAGAGAUGGCAUUGUCCAACAGCCAAUGCGCCUGCUUUCUGCCUCUAUGGAUAAAACUAUGAUUCUGUGGGCCCCUGAUGAAGAGUCGGGUGUGUGGCUUGAGCAGGUGCGUGUCGGAGAGGUGGGUGGGAACACUUUGGGGUUCUACGGCUGUCAGAUGAGUCCAGAUGGAUCUAUGAUUCUGGCCCAUGCCUUCCAUGGUGCACUGCACCUCUGGUACCAAGACCUGUCCAAGGAGGGGGAGUGGAGUCCAGGGGUUGUGGUUUCUGGCCAUUUCAACAGUGUUCAGGACCUGAGCUGGGACCCUGAUGGUGAAUUCCUUGUGAGCGUGGGCGCUGAUCAAACUGCUCGGCUCUUUACUCCUUGGAAAAAGAAGAAUCAGACAGAGGUUACGUGGCAUGAAAUUUCUCGACCUCAGAUUCACGGGUAUGACAUGCAGUGUCUGGCAAUGGUGGGCCGCUUCCAGUUUGUUUCUGGAGCUGAUGAAAAGGUCCUCAGGGUCUUCAGGGCCCCACGGAAUUUUGUGGAAAACUUCAGCAACAUUACAGGGACGCCCCUUGAAAAACUAUGGUGCUCCACGGACACAACUGAUCUCCCAGAAGGAGCCAGUACACCUGCAUUAGGGCUUUCUAACAAGGCCGUCUUUCAAGGUGAUCUAGUGCCCCAGGGCUCAGAGGAUGAAGGACAGUUCAACACUGUGUCUGACCAGUACAAAGAGUCCUACUUCCAGCCACUCAGUCUCACAGAGCCUCCUCCUGAGGACCAUCUUCUACAAAACACACUGUGGCCUGAAGUACAAAAACUGUAUGGACAUGGUUAUGAAAUGUUCUGCGUGGCUUCUAACAAUGCAAGAACUGUUGUUGCCUCUGCGUGCAAGGCCUCUAAGCCAGAGCACGCGGCCAUCCUUCUGUGGAGCACUUCGAGCUGGAAGCAGCUGCUCAGUCUUCCCCUGCACAGCCUCACCGUCACUCAGAUGGCCUUCUCCCCCGAUAACCGGUUCCUGCUGGCUGUCUCCAGGGACAGAACAUGGUCACUGUGGAGGCAGCAGGAGGACAUCCACACUGAUUCAGAGCCUUGUUACACUCUGUAUACACACACUCAUAAGAAUAACUCGGUCCACACUCGGAUCAUCUGGGCUUGCGACUGGAGCCCAGACAGCAAGUAUUUUGUGACAGCAAGCAGAGAUAAGAAGGUUAUUAUAUGGGGAGAAGGCAGCUGUGAUGAAAAUGUAGAGAAAAACUGCCAACUAAUGGUUUGUCCCCGGUCUUCAGUGUUGGAUGUGGGGGAUGCAGCCACUGCUGUCAGCUUUUGCCCUAUGCAGUAUCCAGAUGGAAGUUACAUCCUGUCUGUGGGUCUGGAGUGUGGGAGGAUUGCUCUGUACAAAUGGAAGCUACUGACAGAUCCAUCUGCAGGAACAGACUGGAUUAAAUGUGGAGAGAUGGAUGAAUUCCAGCGCCAUGCCCUGUCAGUCAAGAGGCUCCGCUGGAGACCGGUGGGUGGUAGGGCUGGCCAUGCAGAUGACACUGGGGACAGCGGGUGGACACAGCUGGCCAGCGCAGGAGCUGACCACUGCAUCAAAAUAUUCAAUAUCAACAUCCGGACUCUUUAGUUGUUGGAGCUCAGUAACUGGAGGAGGAGCAUGCAGUCACGCCAUACUGUACAACCAUACGAGUGUCGCCUGGAAGUGUCACUAAAAGGAUUCAGACAGGUGUGAGGUGUAGUGAUAGUUGUUCUCUUGUUUGAAGUGUAAAUACAUUUGGAACUUUCAUGUUAUCAAAAAAAAACAUUUUAAAAAAGAAUUCUGAAACUCAUUUUGCAUUUUUAAAUUGAGAAGUCCGUCUAAGAGGGCCAGUGAGAGUGAACCAGUUUUCUAGAUUUCUAUAGACAUGAGUUUGUUUUGGAUGGUGAAAGUGGAAAUCACAAAUGGCAGGAAACGUAUACCUUACCUCCGAGUAAUACUGCUGUACUUUUAAUCAAAUACCAUCGAUGAGGAAAUGCUUCAGUAUGCCCUAUUUUCAGUGGUUGCCUUCCUUGGCCAAAAUGAGUUCUGGUGAAACCCUUCAAGAAACUGGUAGUGUUCCUUUACUUUAAAUUCUUGCUUUGCCAAAGAGACUAGAAGGACUGACAUGGGAAUGCUUGGUGCUGCAAGUAGGGGAUUAAAAUAUUCCUCGAAGUUAUCAGGGUUAUUUAAAACAAAUCUCUGAGGACUUUGGUUGCAGAUACCUCAUAAUGGGAUUUAUGGAUUAAAGCUCCCAGUUGCCAAUGGGUUAUUUGAUAUGACACUAAAAAGAGAAAACUAACAGCACUUCACUCUCUCCCGUCUCUGAUCCUUGUGAAUGGGGUAAUUUGCAUAUUGGGAAGAGUCUCAUGACAGUUUUAUCUGUCCAAGAAUUCCUGUGUGCAAACGUGUAGGAAUAGCAGAGCUUCCAUUACCAAGGAUCUUACACUGAAUUAAAUUGUGUGCUUAUUCUGUUUAUAGGGUACACAUUUGUGGUUUUUUUUUAUAUUCAGAGAAAUGCACAGAAUUCACAUUCUUGUUGGUUGGUGUGUUUAUCAACGAAGAGAAUUAGCCUAAAAUAGUUGAAGAAAUGCAGCUUGUUCAGCUAAAUGUUUCUCUCUAUUCCAUCUGAGGUCUCAAUUGCCUCUGUGCUUUACUUGUUAGAUUUUUAUUUAUGUCGGAAUAAAAUUGAUUUUCAAAUCCAA